AUGCAUAUUAAACAGAUUGUUUUAUCUUUCAUUUUAGUUGCACAUUAUGAACAUGACCGAAAUACAUCUGUAAUCAUAGCAUGCAAUAAAGACCAUAUAAUUCUUUUCCGAAGUCGUUUUAAUCAAUUAUUAUCAUGGUGCUUAAGUGCUAUUGAUCGUACAAAUUUACAAGAACAACGUUUAAAUUGGCUUGAUCAUUUAAUUGUUUCAAUGGGUUUUAUUGAUAAAAAUCAUCUAUAUAUAUUUGCAAAACAUGAUUUUAUAAUAUAUUCACUUGAAUCAUUUUCAAAAAUUAAUUCAUGGAUGUUAUUAAAUGAUGAUAAUUACAAUACAGAAUUAAAUGAUCAAGAAUAUUCUAUUGGUACUGUAUAUGAUAAAUAUGUGUAUUAUAUUUAUUUAAAUAGUAAACAUCAAUGGAUAUUAUCAAUAUUUGAACUUGAAACAAUAAAUCAUUUAUAUGAUUAUAAUUUAACAGAAAAUUUUCCUAAAGUUAAACGUUUUAUACAUAUAUGUGCUAAUAAUAAAUAUAUAAGUUUUCUUGUUGAAAUGGAUGGUUUACAAUAUGCUGUUGUAUUUUGUUCAUAUAAUAAUCAUUCUAUAAUAGCAUUAAAAGAACAAAUAUCUUUAUUUUAUGCUGUAAAUCCAUUAACAAUAUGUUCAAUAUAUAUUUAUUGUUUACAAAAAUAUAUUUUUUUUAUUAAUGAUCCAUUAGCAAAAAUAAUUCACAUAAUAACAAAUGAAAAAUAUUUACAAUCUUAUUCAAUAAUUGCUCAUGCUUUUAAUUAUAUAGAUGAAAAUCAAGAAUUAAUAUUUGCAUCAAAUGAUGGUAUAUAUUCAAUUAAUAUAAAUGAACAAACGAAAUUUUUUUCAAAAUUUCAUUGA